AUGUCGCGUCUUCAACCGCGUCUGAAGGCCCUGGCAACCUCGAAUAUAUCUUCACAAUCCGCAACCGCCAAUAGAGACACCAUCCCAAGGUCCGAGACGCCUGCCUCCCGCCAAAAUGUACGGGUGCUAUCCGCCGACGCCCUCUCGGAUCGAACAACAAUAUCCUUAGUUCGUCGCACGCUAUGUUCCCAGCUUGGCGAUAAAGGUCGCAGUACGCCGGGCCCCAUCGACGAGAUCCUACCACCCUUGACGAGUAGUAAUGAAGUGGAUCUGCAGUUAUACGCAUUCAUUGCCAUAAUAAUUAGGGAGUUUGUGCAAACAUGGUAUGCGAAGAUUACACCAGACCAAGUCUUUGUGGAGGAGGUCGUGAAGAUCAUUGCCCAUUGCACAAGGGCUCUGGAGCAAAGGUUGAGGGACAUUGAUUUGGAGAGCUUGUUAUUUGAUGAGCUGCCGGAGUUGUUAGAGGUUCAUGUUCAAGCAUACCGAGUUUCACACGACCCUCAACACCCUCCCCCAAUUGAACGCGAUCCUCGACAAAUCUACCACUCUCUCUGGCCAUUUCCCGCCUUGUCGCCAGUACCUGAUCGUGGUGAACCAAAGACUGAGGAGCAAACGGAGAAAGAAGCGGCAUACAGGCAACUGUUAGUCCAAGGGGUCUUAGCGGUUCUGCUACCGACAGAGGACCUGGAAAAUGAUUGUCUAAUUGCAAUCGUUGGCCAAAUCUUCUCCGAGAUGAUCCUGGGAGGUGGUAUUGGCGGAAAAGCAUCCGAGCCGUGGAUGCUAUGGGAGGGGAUCACAAAGAUCUCAGAGGUCUUGCAAGCUCAUCUUCCAAAGUCGAAGGCACAAGUCCGUGCUGAGAGAUCGAAUUCGGGUGUAGAGAACGCAAUGUCGAAGAAUUUGACUGGUCGAAAUACGAAGAGAUGGUGGAUUCAACGAUCACUACAGAAGUCCUUUUGGCUAGCCCUUCAGUACUGUUUUCUCGCGUUCAGCGCGGUCCGCUUCUUCGCCAUCACCUUGGCUACAUCUUCUUCUUUGCCGUCUCGUAUUCGACCAACGAUGAAAGUUACUGGCUCUAGCCCGUUGAAGGAUCACAUGGAACCGCCAGAGUCGACGAGUGCUGACGAUAUAUGGGAUGGUCGAACAGACCAAAUUAAACAGCCUAUUGUGAAGAUGAAGAUAUGGUCUUGUGCCGCUAAUCUACUGGAUCUAGAUGCCCGCAUGCCAUGGCUGAGUGCCACAUUUUCUAUGCUCCAACAUGUGGCUCUGACAGGGCCGGGGAAACUGGGGAGCACAGAUGGGAUGAUUGACAAGUGA